AUGAACAAGGUAGCGCCUUAUGAUGGAAGCUAUAGAGAAUUCCAAGAAGGGAUAAGGAAAAAAGUUGAAGACAUUAUAGACGGAAAAGUUGUCACAGUCUGCAUGGCUUGUGUCACAAUGUGGGUGCUGUUCGGAGACGACAUUCGAACUCUGAGCUCAAAAAAGAAGGACAAUGAUUAUAUAUUUUUUAUCACAUAUGAAAUCUGCCUGGCGUUAUUUCUCAUAGAAAUUUUUAUGAACAGCAUAUUCAUCCCCCACUACAAAUUUGCCUUUUUCUUCUGGCUGGACGUCGUUGCAACAAUUUCUUUACUUCCGGAUAUACCUGGCAUCAGAGACCCAUUUUUCAAUUUGUUCGGAGUAACGCUUUAUGAUGCUGAUGCACAUUUUGACUCCGAUCCUGUGAGAAAUACAAAGAAAUUAGACUAUACGGACCGAGCGAUUCAGAUGAUAAGGUAUGUGAGACUUGUGAGAAUUGUGAAGCUUUAUAAGUAUUUUACAAAGGGGACUGAUACGAAGUUUGAAGAUGUGGAGGACGAAUCGAAAAUAGACAAAAUGGACCCUGAGUAUUUAGGAAAAAAGUUGUCUGACGUGACAACUAGAAGAGUUAUUAUUGGGGUCUUGCUAAUGCUUUUACUACUACCGUUGCUGCAAUCAGGAACUGUAGACAAUGCACCGUAUUUUGGACUUCAAACACUGUUCUGGACAGGAAGAAGUGGCUGCACUGAUCCAAAAGCUUUUGGCUGCUCUGUGACGACCACAAAUUAUGUUUCUGAUGAAGGAUGGUAUUACAUGAUUGACUGGUAUGCAAACGCAAGCUAUCCUUUACUUUGACUUUAUAUUCCCGAUAUGCUAAAUGAAGGGUUUAUUGGGAAUGUAAGCCACGGAUUAACAUGAACAGAAGUCUCUUCUUGUGCAGGCAAAACAGUUCCUUCUGACUGCUCUCACAGGGUGGAAGAACUCGAAUUAGUUAUAUAUACACCAAUUCAAUGCUAUAAUAGGUCUAUACAUGGCUGUGAAGAAAUUCAAGCUUACGCACGAUUUGAUACUGGUGAGCAUUCUCGGUCGCAGUCUCAAAACAACAUCAUUAUCACGUUUUUCGUUGGAGCGAUAUUAGCAGUGGCAAGUGUUACAUUUGCACAAGACACUCAGAAAAUUGUUAUCAAGCCAGUCACAAAGAUGCACAACGUGAUAAAAAGUCUUGCUGAAGAUCCAUUAAAAAUCUCUGAAGAAGUCACAGAAGCAGACAUAAAAGAGUCGAUUUUAGAAGAAACCAUUAACAAAAUCGGGACUCUGCUACAAAUGACAUUUGGACAGAAAGGCUCAGCAGUUAUGGGGACACUCUUUGCUGAGCCUGAGCUGGACUUAGUCAAGCUUGGUAAUAAAGAAAGAGCUGUAAUUUCAUUGUGUACAGUCCAAGAUUUUGCCUCCAUUAUUGACUGUUUACAAGAAGAAGUGCUGGUGUUUAUAAAUAAAAUUGCAAGAAUCGUCCAUACCUGCACAACAAGAUGGAGCGGGACUGCUUGCAACAAUGACCUUGGGGUGUUUCUAAUUACUUGGCCUGAUAAUAAAGCCUCUGACGCUCUUGUAUCAUUAAUUAAAGUGUCAGCUGAGCUGCAUAGAGCCACUGAUAUCAUGGCUUAUAAGUCCAAUCCCAAAAUAGUGACCAAAUUUGGGGAUAAUUAUUUGGUCGACAUUGCGAUGACUGCACAUAUAGGUUGAAUCAUUCAAGGACCUCUUGGGUCAGCAAUUAAGGUUGCCCCAGGCUACAUAAGUCCUUCUAUUGAUUUAUGCAAAAAAUUGCUUACAGCAGUUGACGAAUUCAGAGUUCCCAUGCUGCUCACAGAAGAAUUCUAUGGAAAUUUAGACGAAAAAGGCCAAGGUGCAUGCAGGAGGAUCGGAAAUAUCACUAUUCAGGAGCUAAGUGAGACUAUGGGACUGUACACUUUUGAUUUGACAGAUGAAGUCCCAUUGCCAGACCACCGAAGAGUUGCAGAGGGGCAGUUUGAGCUGGAAAAGCGAAGAAUAGGAGACCCAAUAAUCCUGAAUGAAAUUGAUAUUGAGGGGUUGGAGUUUACGCCUGAGCAUCUGUUUUUGUUUGAUAAUGACAUUGUUAUGAUGCAAAGGAGCAUUCCUUCUCAGUUCCAAGAUAUCUUUAAGAAGGGUCUUGAAGCGUUUGAGAGUGGAAAUUGGACUGAUGCAAAACAGAUAUUAGAUGAGGCAUUGAAAAUUAAAGUGGCUGAUGGUCCGUGCAUUUCGAUGCAAGAAUUCAUGGAGCGCUGUGGUAUGAAGAUCCCUGAAGGCUGGACUGGCAGUAGGGUUAUAUAUACGUUUAUAAAUUAUUAAGGCAGAUAGAUAACUUAGAAUAAAUUAUAGCAGUUGCCCGAUGAUGGCGCUCAAUGCGCCAUCAUCGGGCAACACCAGACAAGGGUCCACAGUGGAAAUGGAUUCCACGUGUGGAGCCCUUUUUAACACGUGCAGAAUCCUCAUUUCCACGAGCCAAAAAGGUUCCACACGUGGAACCCAUUUCACGUGUGGACCCUUGUUUGGUGUUGCCCGAUGAUGGCGCAUUGAGCGCCAUCAUCGGGCAACUGCUAUAAUAUAAAAUUCAUAUUAAAAAAUAUAA